AUGUCGUCCUUCCUCGCCCGCCGCGCAGUCGCCGCCCCCCGCAUUGCCCGCGCCUUCAGCACCACGCCCGCGCGCCCAGUUGCCAAGAUCACCAUCGUGGGCAACCUCGCCGGCCCUCCUGAGCUGCAGGCGACAUCAACCGGUCGCGAGAUUCUCAAGUACGCCGUCGCGUCCAACCAGGGCCGUGGCGAGAAUGCCAAGACAUCCUGGUUCCGCGUGACGGCCUUCGAGGACGAGGGCCCGCGCCGCGAUUACUUCCAGAGCCUGCCCAAGGGGACUCUGGUUUACCUCGAGGGAGAGGCGAGUAUCAGCACUUACGACGACGAGGGCAAGACCCGGAGCUCGCUCAGUAUCGUUCAGCGCAACCUGGAGGUCCUCCGCAGACCCGCGUCGGCCGGCCCUGAGGAAUCUUCGAGGUAAGAGGCCGUACUUCGCGCCUACGGCCGUGCAUUUCGAUUCGGCCUGUAUAGGCCAUGAAACACCUUGGAAGAGAUAAAGGGAUUGAUGAUGAUGAUGAGGAAAUGCGAACGGGCUCUGUGUCGGAAUCAAUCACUUUAUUCUUCUUGUCGCGCUCGUCUCUCCACUCUGCAGAUAACUGGUCGCAUUCGUCAUAAUAUGUCUUAUUGAUUGAUACCUUUCGCGCGCCCAUGGACGGUGGACGGAAUUGGGGUAGAGAAGGGAGUCCAGGCAUACCAAGUUUUAUAUAAAUAUUUUUCUCACGUCACUGUCACCUUUUUUUACCAUAGCUGUGAAUGCAAUCUGCCGCCCCCCCCCCCUGGUCAA